AAACUUUUGGAGUUCUAUUCAAGCUGAAAUGGAUUCUAUGGAAGCACUGACCCCAUUGCAAGAAAUUGCACUACUUUUUAAUGCUGCAGCGGUUGAGGAGAUUAUCACGGCGCGGAAGCAGUUCCUCCAUGCAAGAAAUACGCCUAAGCAAAAAUUCUACUUGCAACCAACCGUGAUGGCCGUAGGACCAGACGACUGCCCCACAUUCAUGGUAGUGUUUGACAAUAUAAAAUAUCGCUUCCGGAAUGUUGUUGAGGCAAUCGGUGCCGUCAUCGCAAUUACGUUUGUACUAAACCUCAACUACAAUGCCGACGCUGUUCCAGCAUGGAGUUUUGUGCAAGAACAUCUGUUCGAAAUUGCCUCGAAGAAGAAAUGUCCUGUUGUUGAAGAAGCUGCUCGCAUUCUCAUGCCGUGGAAGGAUGUUUAAUUUUUUUUCUUUUCUAAUGAAUCAUUUAUAUUUUAUGGUCUGAAGAUCUCUUCUUUUUACUUUUCACUCUCUUUUAUUUUACACAAUAAUUAGAUAAUAAGAAAUGCAAUGUACAUAUUUCUGAAUUAUAACCACGCCGAUGUGAAUUCGCAGACGAAGGCAUAUUUGUUUGUUUUGACAUCCCUAAUAAACUGAUCUUACGUUCAAAACCUUGAUAUCAUGUGAGGCAAGACUCCUCUUGUUUGCCGCGGACAUUCCGGAGGAUCAUCCAUUUCCGGUGAACACGUCCAGGAAAUCUUCCACGUGCCGAACAUCGUUUUGUCCCCGAGGCCAUCGAGAACAGAACAUGCGCGCGCUCCUCUUGUUUGCCGCGGACAGUCCGGAGGAUCGUCCAUUUCCGGUGAACUCGUCCAGGAAAUCUUCCACGUGCCGAACAUCGUUUUGUCCCCGAGGCCAUCGAGAACAGAACAUGCGCGCGCUCCUCUUGUUUGCCGCGGACAGUCCGGAGGAUCGUCCAUUUCCGGUGAACUCGUCCAGGAAAUCUUCCACGUGCCGAACAUCGUUUUGUCCCCGAGGCCAUCAAGAACAGAACAUACGCGCGCUCCUCUUGUUUGCCGCGGACAGUCCGGAGGAUCGUCCAUUUCCGGUGAACUCGUCCAGGAAAUCUUCCACGUGCCGAACAUCGUUUUGUCCCCGAGGCCAUCGAGAACAGAACAUGCGAUCGCUCCUCUUGUUUGCCGCGGACAGUCCGGAGGAUCGUCCAUUUCCGGUGAACUCGUCCAGGAAAUCUUCCACGUGCCGAACAUCGUUUUGUCCCCGAGGCCAUCAACAACAGAACAUGCGCGCGCUCCUCUUUUUUGCCGCGGACAGUCCGGAGGAUCGUCCAUUUCCGGUGAACUCGUCCAGGAAAUCUUACGCAUGCCGAGCUUCGUUUUAUCCCAGAACCGGUCAAAAAGGGCUCGUCGGGUUCGUUGCUGUAGAAGGAGCCGGAGGAUCGUCCAUUUCCGGUCCUGACCCGCAGAAAAUCGUCCAAGCGUGGAACAUCGUUUUGUCCCCGAGGCCAUCAAGAACAGAACAUACGCGCGCUCCUCUUGUUUGCCGCGGACAGUCCGGAGGAUCGUCCAUUUCCGGUGAACUCGUCCAGGAAAUCUUACGCAUGCCGAGCUUCGUUUUAUCCCAGAACCGGUCAAGAAGGGCUCGUCGGGUUCGUUGCUGUAGAAGGAGCCGGAGGAUCGUCCAUUUCCGGUCCUGUCCCGCAGAAAAUCGUCCAAGCGUGGAACAUCGUUUUGUCCCCGAGGCCAUCAAGAACAGAACAUGCGCGCGCUCCUCUUGUUUGCCACGGACAUUCCGGAGGAUCGUCCAUUUCCGGUGAACUCGUCCAGGAAAUCUUCCACGUGCCGAACAUCGUUUUGUCCCCGAGGCCAUCGAGAACAGAACAUGCGCGCGCUCCUCUUGUUUGCCGCGGACAGUCCGGAGGAUCGUCCAUUUCCGGUGAACUCGUCCAGGAAAUCUUCCACGUGCCGAACAUCGUUUUGUCCCCGAGGCCAUCAACAACAGAACAUGCGCGCGCUCCUCUUUUUUGCCGCGGACAGUCCGGAGGACAGUCCGGAGGAUCGUCCGUUUCCGGUGAACUCGUCCAGGAAAUCUUACGCAUGCCGAGCUUCGUUUUAUCCCAGAACCGGUCAAAAAGGGCUCGUCGGGUUCGUUGCUGUAGAAGGAGCCGGAGGAUCGUCCAUUUCCGGUCCUGUCCCGCAGAAAAUCGUCCAAGCGUGGAACAUCGUUUUGUCCCCGAGGCCAUCAAGAACAGAACAUGCGCGCGCUCCUCUUGUUUGCCACGGACAUUCCGGAGGAUCGUCCAUUUCCGGUGAACUCGUCCAGGAAAUCUUCCACGUGCCGAACAUCGUUUUGUCCCCGAGGCCAUCGAGAACAGAACAUGCGCGCGCUCCUCUUGUUUGCCGCGGACAGUCCGGAGGAUCGUCCAUUUCCGGUGAACUCGUCCAGGAAAUCUUCCACGUGCCGAACAUCGUUUUGUCCCCGAGGCCAUCGAGAACAGAACAUGCGCGCGCUCCUCUUGUUUGCCGCGGACAGUCCGGAGGAUCGUCCAUUUCCGGUGAACUCGUCCAGGAAAUCUUACGCAUGCCGAGCUUCGUUUUAUCCCAGAACCGGUCAAGAAGGGCUCGUCGGGUUCGUUGCUGUAGAAGGAGCCGGAGGAUCGUCCAUUUCCGGUCCUGACCCGCAGAAAAUCGUCCAAGCGUGGAACAUCGUUUUGUCCCCGAGGCCAUCAAGAACAGAACAUACGCGCGCUCCUCUUGUUUGCCGCGGACAGUCCGGAGGAUCGUCCAUUUCCGGUGAACUCGUCCAGGAAAUCUUCCACGUGCCGAACAUCGUUUUGUCCCCGAGGCCAUCGAGAACAGAACAUGCGCGCGCUCCUCUUGUUUGCCGCGGACAGUCCGGAGGAUCGUCCAUUUCCGGUGAACUCGUCCAGGAAAUCUUACGCAUGCCGAGCUUCGUUUUAUCCCAGAACCGGUCAAGAAGGGCUCGUCGGGUUCGUUGCUGUAGAAGGAGCCGGAGGAUCGUCCAUUUCCGGUCCUGACCCGCAGAAAAUCGUCCAAGCGUGGAACAUCGUUUUGUCCCCGAGGCCAUCAAGAACAGAACAUACGCGCGCUCCUCUUGUUUGCCGCGGACAGUCCGGAGGAUCGUCCAUUUCCGGUGAACUCGUCCAGGAAAUCUUCCACGUGCCGAACAUCGUUUUGUCCCCGAGGCCAUCGAGAACAGAACAUGCGCGCGCUCCUCUUGUUUGCCGCGGACAGUCCGGAGGAUCGUCCAUUUCCGGUGAACUCGUCCAGGAAAUCUUCCACGUGCCGAACAUCGUUUUGUCCCCGAGGCCAUCGAGAACAGAACAUGCGCGCGCUCCUCUUGUUUGCCGCGGACAGUCCGGAGGAUCGUCCAUUUCCGGUGAACUCGUCCAGGAAAUCUUCCACGUGCCGAACAUCGUUUUGUCCCCGAGGCCAUCGAGAACAGAACAUGCGCGCGCUCCUCUUGUUUGCCGCGGACAGUCCGGAGGAUCGUCCAUUUCCGGUGAACUCGUCCAGGAAAUCUUACGCAUGCCGAGCUUCGUUUUAUCCCAGAACCGGUCAAGAAGGGCUCGUCGGGUUCGUUGCUGUAGAAGGAGCCGGAGGAUCGUCCAUUUCCGGUCCUGACCCGCAGAAAAUCGUCCAAGCGUGGAACAUCGUUUUGUCCCCGAGGCCAUCAAGAACAGAACAUACGCGCGCUCCUCUUGUUUGCCGCGGACAGUCCGGAGGAUCGUCCAUUUCCGGUGAACUCGUCCAGGAAAUCUUCCACGUGCCGAACAUCGUUUUGUCCCCGAGGCCAUCGAGAACAGAACAUGCGCGCGCUCCUCUUGUUUGCCGCGGACAGUCCGGAGGAUCGUCCAUUUCCGGUGAACUCGUCCAGGAAAUCUUACGCAUGCCGAGCUUCGUUUUAUCCCAGAACCGGUCAAGAAGGGCUCGUCGGGUUCGUUGCUGUAGAAGGAGCCGGAGGAUCGUCCAUUUCCGGUCCUGACCCGCAGAAAAUCGUCCAAGCGUGGAACAUCGUUUUGUCCCCGAGGCCAUCAAGAACAGAACAUACGCGCGCUCCUCUUGUUUGCCGCGGACAGUCCGGAGGAUCGUCCAUUUCCGGUGAACUCGUCCAGGAAAUCUUCCACGUGCCGAACAUCGUUUUGUCCCCGAGGCCAUCAAGAACAGAACAUACGCGCGCUCCUCUUGUUUGCCGCGGACAGUCCGGAGGAUCGUCCAUUUCCGGUGAACUCGUCCAGGAAAUCUUCCACGUGCCGAACAUCGUUUUGUCCCCGAGGCCAUCGAGAACAGAACAUGCGCGCGCUCCUCUUGUUUGCCGCGGACAGUCCGGAGGAUCGUCCAUUUCCGGUGAACUCGUCCAGGAAAUCUUACGCAUGCCGAGCUUCGUUUUAUCCCAGAACCGGUCAAGAAGGGCUCGUCGGGUUCGUUGCUGUAGAAGGAGCCGGAGGAUCGUCCAUUUCCGGUCCUGACCCGCAGAAAAUCGUCCAAGCGUGGAACAUCGUUUUGUCCCCGAGGCCAUCAAGAACAGAAC